AUGGACCUGCUGAACACAGAAUUAAACGGUGCAAUUCUCUGCUCCAGCUUGGGGUCCCAGGCACCAUUUCCCCCAUCCUCGUCCUUGCUGCCACCGGCUCCAAGCUCCUGGGACACGGACAUCACCACCCUGCCUAACAGCUUUGAGCCAGCCUCUCCCCUAAUUCCCUCAGGUUGGCUCUUCUCCAUCUGCAGGGCCAGGAGCUGGCUUGGGCCCGCACACACAGCGGGCAGGCUGAGGACCAAUGGUCAAGGGCCAGGGACUCAGAGCCCGCUUUUCCGCAGGAUCUCAGCCCAUAGCGCCUCGGGCAGCAAAGGUGCCAAUAGACACCUAUCACUGGCACGUGGAAUCUUCGUCUCUGCCAUCUGCUCCCUUGGUGUAGGAGAGCCGCCUUACAUCCUCGUGGGGCAGCUGGGAGAGGACGCCUGUCUGGAAGGAAGCGGAGCGGCUCAAGCGCCCCAGAGCAGGGGCUGGGUGGAAGGAGGGGCGUUUCUCGGGGUUCAGACCUCAGCACUGGGAGGGGAGGGCCCGGGCUUCCACCGAUUGCAGCACCGGCACCGGACUCCCCGCGGGAGUUUCCGUGCCGCUGAGGAGAGGGCGGCGAAGAAUGGGAUCUAAGGAGUCCCAGGCUCGUGGCGCUGGGCAGGAGGCGGCGGAGGUGGUGGGAGCGCCACCUACGUCUUUCGGGUUCGUGCGGGUGAGCCGAAGCCGCUGCUGGUGGCGGCCGCAGGAGGCGGUCGGGCGUACUUGAAGCGGCAGGACCGAGGGGGUACCCAGAUCACCGCCCGGAAACUAGAGAGCCGCUCGGUGGCGCCCAGGAGCAGCUGAAGAGGCGGGGGCAGGUGAGGGAGCGGGCUGCGAGGGCUGGAGGGCGUGCUUCCCGUCCCCGCGGCCAGCCACCCCUUGUCUCUCUGCAGGUGCAGGGAGCGGCUGGACCUCGCAGGCUCCCUACACUCCCCACCGGCGAGUCAGCGAAGGGGUCGGGGCAGCCAGGGCAACGCGGAGGUCUGGGCUAAGCUUGGCUGGGUGGCAGCCGGCGGCUUCGCCGGAGGCCGCGGGGCCAGGACUGCGAGGGGGACGGCGGCAGCAGUUAGGUGCACCCUUGGGGAGGGCAGCGAGGCAGACCCGAGAGUGAAGAUCUUUCCAAACCCUCUAUCUCAGUUUCUGGCAGGGAGUGAUGCCUCAAAGACUGACAUCCCCUGGACUGAUGAGAAGGGUGCAGUAUUUGUCAUACACCCCAACAGUGAGCUCUUUCUUUUACUCAUUGUCAUGGAGAGUCACGGAGAGGUGGAGAUUCGACUAGACCUCAAUUGCUGCCUUUGCCUUUUGAAGAUCUGCCAAUGCCAGGCCGAGCUCCAGUUGGCCAACUGCAUGUGCCCAGAGGGCAUGGAGCUGGCUGCGGAUGACGUCACCUGCAUGGGUAUGUCCUGCCUGUGUCUGAGGUCUGGACUUGUGGGACUAUGGGAGGGGGUGAGCAGUAGGGCACUGGGAAGGAUAUCUGCUGUGCGCCAGGCACUUUGGCAUAGAGGGACAGAGAGGAGUUUCCCACUGGAGGACCUGCCCACCCCCUCAGGCCUUUUGAUUCUGAUGAUGGCUGUGGUGGUGCUCUUGACACUGAGCCUUCCUACAGUGUGUGGGGUCCUGAUUCUGUGUGCAGAGCACCCAGCAGGCAAGGCUGAUUUCUUCACUGAGCCAACAGGCUUCUGUGGGGUUCCAGGGGCAGACAUAGUUGAUUUCAACUCUACUCCCAGGAGAGAAGUGGAAAACUCCCCUAGGGUUCUAAAGAGUAGAAGCACCUGGGGAGGCCUGAGUACAACAUUUAUCUUAAUGGGCAUCUGGAGAGAUGUCCUGGGCAGGGGGGCAGGUCAGGGUGGGCCUGAUGGGCAGGUAGAGAAUAUGCCAGUGUUCCUCCCAUCCUUGGUGAACCAUAAGAAGUGGCAGGACCCUUGGUGGAUGAAGCUGCCAGGCCUUGAGCUCCAGAUCAUCAAGCUUCACAUCUCCACCAUGAGGACAAUCCCCAACCCCUACUACUUCCAGGUGAGGCUUGGCCCAGGCCAGUCCUGUAUGCUGCCCCCCAGGGCUUAUGGAGGUUUCCUCAGCCAAUUCUGCUCAGCUGAAUCCUCACCAUCACCCCUGCAGAGCUUGUCCUUGGGGACAUGCCAUGAUGCAGAGAGCUCAGACCUUCAGAGAGGGCCAGUUGAGCAUAUGGAGAGUGAGCAGGGGACAGGGGAGGUUAAGGAGGCUCUAGAUCCUCAAGGACGCUUCCCCAGACCCAACCACCCACUCCCUUCCAAUCUGCCUUUCUGCAGAGCCCUGGCCCGUGGUGUCUUUGGAGAAACCUAUGAGGGACUGGUAAUUGGCCUUCCUGGGGACCGCAGCCUUCUGCAGGUGACUGUCAAGACUCUGCCAGAAUUCUGCUGUCCACAGGAUGGGCUGGAUUUCCUCACUGAGGCGCUCAUCAUGGGAUGCACCACUGGCUCAGUGAGUUCGGCCAUCAGAACAUCAGAAUACUGUGAGUGCAUCAGGGCUACCUCUGGCCUAAUUCUGCUGGAGUUGGUGUCUGGAGGGGACAUGAAGGGUUUCCUGAGUCAGAGCCAGCUGCAGCUGGUGCCCAUGCAGGACCUCCUCCAGCUGGCUCAGGACAUAGCUGAGGUUUGCUACUACCUGGAAGAAAAUCACUUCAUCCACAGGUCGGAGUGGAACUGCCUGCUGAGCUGCACUGGAUCCAGCCAAGUGGCCAAGAUUGGAGACUUCUGGAUGCAAGCAAUAUUUACAGAAAUGCUGCUCUGGGAGAUCUCACUGGGCUAUAUGCCCUGCCCUGGGUGCACCAGUCAGGAGGUGCCGACUGUGUCAUGGGGCAGGGGAGUGGGGGUGAAUGACUCAGUGUACUGUAUCAUGACUCAGUGUUGACAGCAUCCUGAACUUUGCCCUCGUUUUGCCAGCAUCUUGGAGCAUCUUCAGUACAGCACUCAGGUGUGCCAUCUGACCUGUCCCAACCAUCCUGGACUUGGGGACCAGGAGGGAAACCAUAAAACAACACUGUGAGCUCCUACUCCCCGACCUUCCUAUUAAAGAACCCUGUUGUGCUGAA